UGUUGAGUCAGAUUGCUCUCUCUCUCCUUUCUAUUUAUUUCUCUCUCUUUCCCUCUCUCUCUCUCUCUAAAAAGCAAUAUUGGUAGAAGGGAGGAAGGUGGGCUGUGCUCUUCUUCGUCGACUCCUUCUGCAUAUCUCAGGAAGAGUUGAGAGAGAAGGGGAUUGAUUUGGAAAGCCUUGGGGGUUGGGGGUUCCAUGGAGUACUCGAUUCGGUUCGGUAAUUCAGCAGUUGUUUGGACUGAAAUGUGAAGACUGCUGUAAAGAUUUCUGUGUAGAUUAGUGGAUAUGAAUUUGGGGAGGGGGCUUUCGAUUCCCCAGGAGAAUGGAGUCAUACAGAAUGGGGAUAUUUGGGUUCCGACAACACUAGGAAAUCCGAUCCUGGUGAGGCCGAACAAUGGCCAUCCUCAAAUGCUGAAUAAUCCAAGACAGGAAACUUGGUUGGAUUUGUUAGGGAUCUACGGUGGAGUCCUAAAUGAUUCGGCCGAUGUUCUAUCUCAAAAGUUCGUUCCAAACAGUCAAGUUGCUACUUGUAACAGGAUGCAGCAGCCCUCGAAUUCUGUGAGGCAGAAAACUGUGCUGUUGAACAGUACACAGGUCAUUCCAAGCGACUCCUAUGGCAACAUACCUCAGUCUUACAAUCGAAAUCUCCUGAAUGAUGAAUUCGGCAGGUUUCCGAGGUUUGGAAACUUGGAUCCGAGAAUACCUACCUCUGUCCAAACUUUCAGUGAAGUUGUACCUCAAGGGAUUAAUUCUAUUGCGGAACUGAUGAGCAGGGCAAAUUCAACAUAUGUGCCUAUCUCGAAUUCAACGCCAAGUAGAAGCAGCUAUGUGAUGAGCCGACCAGCUGUUGCUUGUCCGAAUUCUCUAACUGAAUCUAGCCAGAUGAGUUACCGUCCAGUUGGUGUCAAAGUCCACCGUAAUCAAAUGUACUCUUCAGACUAUGGCGUUGGCGGUUACAACCUACAAGUAAUGUCAAACGGCAGAAAUUUAGUUCCUUAUGGGCACAACUAUAACCUAAAUUUAUCACUGAGACCACAAUUCGUGGAAUCGUCAAGCUCUGCCCGGCCCCUUCUGUUAGGCCCGCAGACACCAAGCCAGCAAAUGAGAUCAAAUAAUUACGAGGUCAGUCAAGUACCGAUUUCGCUGACAGGAGAAACCUGCAGUAAAGAAAUGCAUAAGAAGGAUGUCACUGCACUUUCUCUACCAACUGAAACUCUGGUGAGGGAGCAGGGUGAAUCUUUGCUUGUUAAUCUGGAUACACCAACUGAAGCCGUGUUGACAUCCCCAGCUGAGAAGAGCAAUUCUGAUGGUGGAAUUGAUCUCAACAAGACGCCACAGCAAAAGACACCGAAGAGACGUAAACAUCGACCAAAAGUUGUAGUUGAAGGGAAGCCGAAAAGGACUCCCAAAGCUGCUGCCACACCAGCAAGUGACACUCCCAAUGGAAAACCAAAAAGGAAGUAUGUUCGCAAAAAUGGUAAUAAAACCUCCACUCCUCCAACUGAGAUGAAGAAUGUUGUGGAAGUAUCUGAGGCAGGGCCGGCUAAAAAAUCAUGCAAGAGAACGUUGAACUUUGAGAUGGAUAGUGGAGCCGAAAAGGAAAGUCACAGCAAAGAUAUUGAUUGCCAGGCACAGAAUAAUGAGAGGAGCAAGCUUUCUUUCAAUUUGAAUUUGGAUUCUACGAAUGAAUUGCCACAGUUGAACAGGCCAUUGACAUCUGCUAUGAGGGAAGGGCACCUGAACUCACGUACGGAAGAGUUACAACAGAUUAAGACAGUAAACAAUUUUGUCCACUCGAAUAAAGUUGUUCCUCAAGACUCCAUUCCAUUGGAAAAUACAGCUCCAGUUCCUGCUGUACUGAAGGAUCAUACAUUGAAUAUCAUUGCAAGGUCUAUGAACGCGAGAAAUGCACGUAUAAACCAAGCUAAUGGGCCAGAUAGUCUCAAUCAUGUGCAUCAACAUAUCAGUGGAAGCAUUGGUCAGCUUGUCACACAAGCAAAUUUUAUUGAGCCUGACUUACACAGUAGAAGACAAGCACUGCUCAAGACUCUACCUCAAUUUCGAAAUAUCGUGAAUGUCAAUGGGGAGCAAGGAUCCAAGAGAGGACAAAUGGGUGCUGAGCUUAGGCAGCUAGAUACUGCAAGCUACAUGAAUUCACAACUAUAUUCCUAUGGAGUUUCUAAGGCAGGUCAAUACAACAAUGGAAGCAGCAACAUAUUGCAAAACUCUAUAGGAAAGGGGAAGAUGCAGAUUGGGGAUAAGUUUCAUGGAGCCUCUUCCAGCUUGUCUUCUGGCCUUAUAAGUAUUAAAGAUUCUUCGGGGCAAAUGGAAGGUAUAUGGAACAACAACAGGCCUGCUCGAAGCCAUGCAAUUCAUCAGAAUGGUGGCCUCACCAGUUUUAAUGGCAAAGGGUUGAGCUUAUCAAGAAAUUCAAAUGACAAACCAGAGAGUAGUGAUUGGUGCAUCAGCUACCAGGAAAUGAUGAGGGAUUUUCAACAGCAACAUGGUUCGUCUCAUUCUCAGCAGUGCAUACAACAAACAAUUCAGAAGUCAUCCACACAUACCAGUGAGCAGAACUGCAACCCUGCAUCUGCAUCUCAAAAAGACUCUGAAUUCACUACAAAAAAGGCAGUCAAGAGGCAGUCCGUUGGGCGUCCCAAGAAAGUGCAGCCGGUUGAUAAUUUACAUCAGCAACAAUCACAGAAAUCUUCCAAGAAAGGCCGAGAGUCGCAAAAGGAGCAGAAGACUUCAUGUUCACUUGAUGAUAUCACAUGCCGUAUGAAGGAGCUUCAUAUCAGUGAAACAUCUUUGAAUGAUAGAAAUGCACUUGUACCGUACAAAGGAGAUGGUGCCAUUGUUGAAUACGAUCCAGUGAAGAAAAAACGACCACGACCUAGAGUGGACCUAGAUCCGGAGACUAACAGGCUAUGGAACCUUUUAAUGGGAAAGGAAGGAAGUGAGAGUGCAGAAACAUUGGACCCUGAUAAACAAAAAUGGUGGGAUGAAGAAAGAAAAGUCUUCCGUGGUCGGGUGGACUCAUUCAUUGCACGGAUGCAUCUGGUUCAAGGUGACAGGCGGUUCUCCAAGUGGAAAGGAUCAGUUGUUGACUCUGUUAUAGGAGUGUUUCUCACCCAAAACGUCUCAGACCAUCUUUCAAGCUCUGCAUUUAUGUCUAUUGCAGCCAAGUUCCCUAUCAAAUCAACAACUUUCGGACAAGCAUUCUGUGGAAAUGAGGCCAGUUCAUCUGUUGCACAGGUCCAGAUAACAUUUCCAGAUGGAACAACUUAUCAUGACAAAAUUACUAAGGAAGUAUCUUACAACUAUGACUUGACAACAUACCUGCAAUCUUCUGAAUGCCGUGGGAAAAAUGUCUUGAGUGAAAACGGAACCUGUUUGAUGAAUGAUCAGAGCAAGAGGUCAGAGGAUGACAUAAUAUCAUCACAGAGCUCUUCAGAAUCUUUUAUUCUUCAAGCUUCUGAAGACAUAAGAUCCAGCUCAGGAUCAAACUCAGAAGCUGAAGAUGGGUUAAAUUUUGGCAGAAACCUUGGUUAUUUGAGUGUUCCUGAGCAGCCUGAAGGAAUUGCGGCAUUGCAGCAACAUCAAUCUCAGGUCAUGGCUGGUUCAUUUCCAGCCAUGAGCCCAAUGAUUGGCCAUCAAAACCUAGAAAACUCUUCUUACAUGCAAAAUAUUGGAACUGCCAGCAGCAGCAAUGAAGACUAUUAUCCAUUCAUUCCCAGAGCUCCAUCUCAUGGAAGCUCAGUUCGACAGUCCUCAAAUAAGUACUGGACAAACAUGUUGAUGGGUGAGGAAUGCUUGGGAGAUGAUUUUAUUCCAUUAUCAGAAAAAGAAAGCUCAUCUGCCUGGGCUUCAAAUUUUCAUGUUAGCAAUGGCAAAGGUAUAGAACCAGUGCAAGGACAGCAUGCGGGGUUAAUGGCCGCACAAAAUGGAAGCUCACAAUUUCAACUACCACCAACAAACCAUGCUAGUCAAAACAACUUCCAUGAAAUGCCAACUGAUUUUUCUACAGAUGGAUCUCAGAGUAGAAAUUGCCAACAAUUCAGCAACUCUAAGAAAGGAAAGCAGGUGGAAGCUCAGCAGGAUAGUACAUUUCGGAUGAAACCCGUAGGACCUGCUCAAGCAUCCAAUAAAGAGCCUAGUGAUAACUCGAAAGGCACUGGUAUAACAUGUGUUACAACUGAGAAGGAACAAGUUCAAUCUUACGGAAAAUCAUCCCCUGCAGCUAACUCCGCAACCUCAAAUGCAAGAAAGCGCAAGGCUGAGAAGGGAAAGGAGGUGGCAUUUGAUUGGGAUAUCUUAAGAAAGCAAUUGUUAUCAAGUGCUGGAAUUAGGGAAAGAAGCAGAGAAACAAUGGACUCUAUAGACUAUGAAGCGGUACGAAAUGCUGAAGUUCAUGAAAUUUCUGAGACAAUCAGAGCAAGGGGUAUGAAUAACAUGCUAGCAGAACGAAUGAAGGAUUUUCUGAACCGGCUGGUUCAAGAUCAUGGAAGUGUUGACUUAGAAUGGUUGCGUGAUGUUCCUCCUGACAAAGCCAAGGAGUAUCUGUUGAGCAUACGAGGGCUGGGGCUCAAAAGUGUGGAGUGCGUACGCCUUUUGACUCUACAUCAUCUUGCUUUUCCUGUUGAUACCAAUGUUGGACGCAUUGCCGUUCGACUUGGUUGGGUUCCUCUUCAGCCCCUUCCGGAGUCACUCCAAUUGCAUCUCCUUGAACUUUACCCCGUGCUGGAGUCAAUCCAGAAGUACCUCUGGCCUAGGCUCUGCAAAUUGGAUCAGGAAACACUGUAUGAGCUGCACUACCAAAUGAUUACCUUCGGCAAGGUUUUCUGCACUAAGAAACAACCAAAUUGUAAUGCUUGUCCAAUGAGGGCAGAAUGCCGUCAUUUUGCAAGUGCUUUUGCAAGUGCAAGACUAGCACUUCCAGCACCAGGAGAGAAUCAAGUAGUCGUUUCAGAAGCUGCAUCAACUUCUACUAAAAGCUCUACUGUAAUACAAAAUCCUUUGCCGCUGCUUUCAAUUGUGGGUUCCGUCGAAGGGGAAAUUGGAUUGGGAAGAAGUUCCGAACCAUUAAUUGAAGAACCUACUACCCCAGAAAUAUCGAUAGAAGAUUUAGAAAGAGACAUUGAGGAUGCAUUUUAUGAGGAUCCAGAUGAAAUCCCUGAAAUAAAACUGAGUGUAGAACAAUUUACUUCAAACCUGGAGCACAUUAUUCAAGAGAAGUUGGAGCUGGGAGAAGCCGAUAUGUCGAAAGCCCUUGUUGCUUUGAGUCCAGAACUCGCUUCUAUGCAAAUCCCCAAACUAAAGAAUAUCAAUCGACUGAGGACAGAGCACCAAGUGUAUGAGCUCCCUGAUUCACAUCCACUGCUGAAAGGGAUGGAUCGGCGAGAACCUGAUGAUCCAAGUCCAUACCUUCUGGCCAUAUGGGCUCCUGGUGAGACUCCAGAUUCAAUUCAACCACCUGAAAGGACAUGUAGCUCUCAGGAACAAGGUGGUAUGUGUAGCAGAAAGACAUGCUUUCCAUGCUGCAGUGCAAGAGAAGCACAGACCCAAACAGUCAGGGGCACAAUUCUGAUACCUUGCAGAACGGCAAUGAGAGGGAGCUUUCCCCUAAAUGGGACAUACUUUCAGGUUAAUGAGGUUUUUGCAGAUGACGAAUCCAGUACCAAUCCUAUAACCGUUCCGAGAAGCUGGAUAUGGAACUUACCAAGGAGGACAGUAUUCUUUGGGACAUCUGUCACAUCAAUUUUUAGAGGCUUAUCGACUGAAGGUAUCCAAUAUUGCUUCUGGAAAGGAUUUGUGUGUGUUAGAGGAUUUGAACAGAAAACUCGUGCACCGAGGCCUCUGAAGUCUAGAUUCCACCUACCUCCAAGCAAGGUGGUCAAGAAAGAUGAAUAAAGAUAUGAUUCGUUGCAGGAAAAUCGCAAGCUCGGGGUACUAUUCUGAAUCCUGCCAUUCAAAACAGAAAGAUACUGCAGAACUAGGAUAGCAGUAGAAUCCUAACAUUUUUCUUUUCUUUAUUUAUUUUCCAUCCAAAAAAGGGGAAAAAAAACAUUCAUUUGGUUCUCCUCUUCCCUGAAGUUUCCGGUCUACCUGUUCUUCAAGCAGCUAUUUAUCGAUUGCCCUGUGGCAUGACAUUAUAUUAUCUGCUGCUCAAAGUUCAGGGUAUUCUCAUAAAGGGAUUCCUUUAGAUUGAAGAAAUCCAAUUCUUUAUUGGCCGUUGCCUGUUUUUUCUAGUAUUUUUUUUGUUUUUCGACAUAACUUAUGGUUCGAGAAUGUCAUUUUUCGACGAUAAAUGCUUUCUUUAACUGGGAAGGGCAAUAAAAGAAUAAUGUGACUGCAA